UUCGAAUGCUCACAACUCCUCAGAAGAGAAACCUGCAGGUCUAAUCUGAGCAAGAUCAUCAAAUCUAGCCUCAUCUUUUCACCUGGUGUACGUAAAUAUUGCAGAACGAAGGAUAAAGAGUUUUAGAACACAACAAUUUUGAGGUUUGUCCCGAGUCGACUGAACUGAACGGCUGAAGCUGAACUGGUCGAGAUAAACGGCAUUCCCGCACGGGGUUUUCCCUCCUUGCUUGAGCUCGAAGUGUGAGGAUAUCCGGGGUUUAAUCUUACACCUGAAAAACCACAUUACUGAAGAUUCCUUUCCUACAUGUCAAUCCAUAACGAGAUAAAGGCUAUCAUCCUCAGGGCUUUGCCCAGUCUGACUGAGGAGAUUCGAGAACAUGUCAUCACUUCACUUGAACGCUCAGGUGUGGAAUCUAUAGAAGACCUUGUAUAUGUACAACAGGAAGAUCUCAAAGAUGUCCUGACUAUUAUACAGCAAAGGAAACUUUUGGAGGCAUUCAAACUUGAAACUACAAAAGUCACACUUGAUCUCCAAAUAUUGCCAGAUGAGUCAACAGAUACAAGUAUUUCUUCACUCUCCAGUCCACAGCCUUGCACAUCUUUAAGCUCAAGCUCUUCACGAGCAUCAACACCUUGUACUAAAAGCAAGGCAAGCCAAUCACCCAACAUAUCCAGUAAGUGGUAUGAAAAUUUUGAGAUUCCUUGGGAUAAAAUGCCUGUGGAAGUGCAGUCAGCUAUUGCCAACAGCAAGCGCCCUGCUCCUGACAAGCGACGCCAGAUGAUACGUAUCCUAGCUGAUGAAAUCAGGAAAUGUGAGAAUAACCCCACACGCAAUGAAUGUCUCAUCAUCUGCCGCAACAUUGUUAAGCAUUUCCCCAACAGUUUUGCAGAUAUGACACCAAGCGGUGUCAUCAUUGGUAGUGGAUGUACUUCACUGCUUUGUCAAUUAAAAACAAGAAUUGAGAACAUGAACCGUGCAGGGACAAAGAACAGACUCCGAACUUCAAAAGUGCCUGGACAACUGCAUCAGAGGCCAAGUGAUUCUUAUGGAUGCACACAAUUUAACCCUGAACUGCCACCAGAAGAAACAUAUGAAACACUGGAGCAGAAGAGGCAACAGUUGGAGACCAUUUAUAGACAAGAAGGUAUUCGCAGUGGUGAGAAGGGGGAAGUGAUUAACCUUAUGAAAACAACAUUCUGUCUUCAGCGUAGACACAUAAAUCAGUCUCCAUCACCGUCCAUCGAAGAUAUGAGAAUCCAGUGGCCUUACCUUUUUACACAAAGAGGUAUCUUCAUUCACUUCGAGUUACUAACUGACAUUAACGUGUUAAGUGUCUUGGACCUAUCCAUUAAGGAAUGUGGACAGGGAAUCAGGAAGUACCUGCAGACCAAAUCAAAGAACAAAGAUGUGCAGUCUAUCGUCACCCAGGAUGAAGAUGGAGAGUUGACUCUAAUACAGCUGCUGAUGGCCUACUUCGAUGAAGGGAUAGAGGGACUAAUACUCCGUGCUGAUAUAUCUGCCACGGCAGCAGAUGUUGAGAGCACCCUGACCAUCCCCGCCUCUCCACGACUGAUACUGCUGUUUGCCGGUGAUGAAGCCACAAUUGGAGGAUGGAUGAUCACCAUCGAAAAUCAUGUAAUCUGUGAAGGUGUUGACCAAAGCUUCAUCACAGGGCUAGCUGCAGUUUUCUCUACUUACUACAUCUUUAAUCUACAGUACCAAGAAGAAGCUUCAAGGACCCUGGAGUUUGUACAAAGGCGAUUCAUUGGUUUGAAUCCAGAGAGAGGGACAAAGGCCAGCCAGGUGAAGGUGAUCUCCAAAAAGACGGGGAAACUUGUCCAUAAAAAGACUGCAACUGUGAAUGUCCACGUAGCCAACCUGAUAAAAAAUCUUUUGGACUUUGAGUGGGGUUUUGUGCAGUAAUACAAAGCCAGUACAGCUAAUGUUCAACAUCCUGUUUCAGAGCUGAAGUCGCUGCUGUGCUUUGCAGUUGAGUGUUAAUGCAAAGUCAGUACAUUGUUCUGCAUUUGAGUGUUCAGUUGAAGUCAGUGCAGUAUUCUGCGAUUGAGUGUUGAUGCAAAGUCAGUGCAGUGUUCUGCUGUUGAAUUCUUGUGUGAAAUCUGAAGUGACAGCACUUUUUGCAACAACAUAUUUAAAUUCACAGGAUUUCAGUAUGCUGCUCUUCAGUGUGCAUGUACAUUGCAGAAAAAAGCAUUUUCAGAGAAUUGUAUUUUGUCCAUUAUUUUAAUGUCCACAUAUUUGUUAAGUGGAAACAAUGUUAAUGUAUUUUAUAUAUUGGCUUUAAUAAAGUCCAAAGU